UUCCAUAAGAGUUCUCUUUUCCCUUUUGUUUUCUUCAACUUGGAUCACUGUUACCAAAUGCCAAACACUCUUCUCUGUGGAUUCCGAUCCUACUACUACCCAUGAUUCUUCUUUCUUUUUUUCUUUAUUUAAUGUUGAUUCCGUGAGGAAUCCACUCUUCAUUCUUCUGUUGAAUGAUCUAUGGUUUUUGCUUAGGAGUAUAAUGAGUGAACAAUUGGGGCUGCUAAAAGUCACAGUAGUGCAAGGGAAAAGGUUGGUGAUCCGGGAUUUCAAGAGCAGUGAUCCUUAUGUUGUGCUCAAACUAGGGAAUCAAACCGCAAAGACUAAGGUAAUCAAUAGCUGCUUGAAUCCUGUUUGGAAUGAAGAACUGAAUUUCACUCUGACAGAACCCUUGGGAGUUCUGGGUUUGGAAGUGUUUGACAAAGAUCUUUUGAAAGCUGAUGACAAGAUGGGAAACGCAUUCCUCAACCUUCAACCAUUAGUCUCUGCUGCUAGAUUGAGAGAUAUUUUACGAGUCUCUUCUGGUGAGACAACAUUAAGGAAGGUGAUACCUGAUAGUGAAAACUGUAUUGUACGUGAAAGCAGCAUCAAUUGUGUUAAUGGUGAGGUGGUGCAGAAUGUUUGGUUAAGGCUUCGUGGAGUAGAAUCUGGGGAGCUAGAAUUGACUGUCAAGUUGGUCACACCUGUUGCACCCUCAAUAUAGUGCACAACUUGCAUGUGUCUAAGUGUAGAUCUCUGACAAGAUCAUAAUUGUAACAUUUUAUAUGUAGUUUGAGGCUUGCAUUUGAUUAACUCCUACAUAGAUGUUUCUACCCAAAGAUGAAAAAAAAAAAAAAAAAGAAUCCUUCAUAAUGCAUAUUCCAGUGAAAUUUAGCUGCAAGUUGGGGAUGUCUCAUCCCCAGUUAGCUAAAAGGCACUAGAAGUUGCAUUUCCUAAUGGACAAGUAGUGAUUUAUGGGUUCUUUGGUCUUUAUGGUGUGUUGUUAGGCUUGUAUUACAUUACCCAAAAAAAGUAGAAAAUUAGCCCUUCAUUUUAGCAAUCAGCAGUUCAGCACUCAU